GUCAUAACACAACAGUCUUCUUUGGAAGAGACUUGAAAAACUGGGAUGAGGAGAAAAAAAAAGAGGAAAAAAGCGUCGGAUGAAGUGGGAGCACGGAUUCGGUGAAUGGCAGUGCCCAGCUUAGAAGAAACGAAGAAAAAGCUGAUGCAAAUGGGAUAUGCUUGGCGCUGAAGAAUUUUCAUCAGAGUUAAGAAUAAAUAUCCACUAGACAGCCAACAUUCGACAUGGAUGUAGAAGAGUUCCCUCCCCCUCCACCGGAAGUGCUGGAGGAAGACUUGCCAUAUGCCGACGAAGAGGAAGGAGAGCAGUUUGCGUUUGACGACAGUGGGGACGAAGUUCCUGAAGCUGACAGACAGCCUCCUAUUCCCCCUGUGCCUGAUUACGAGAACCAGUUUGAUGCUCAAAAUCCCCAGGCCUUUCAACAUGGUCCUUCAGAAGGGCAACCACUUGGUAGAAGACACAGCAGCCCUGGAGAGCAAGAUGGUUCCAGUGAAGAACGUAUGCCUCCUUCUGCGGCCCCCAGGACCAUCUCUAGGUCUGGGAGGGCAAACCCCUACUCUGUCAUCGACAUCAGCCCCCUCCAGCAACAGCCUUGCUCUCCAGACACAGAGGCAGGUGGCCCAGAGGACUCUGGGAGCCCACGAGUUCCUAGUGGUUAUGCGGUGCCUGUGCCCUGUGGAUAUGCUGUGCCCUCAAAUGUUCCUCUGAUCAAGCCAGCUUACUCCACUCCGGUCAUCAUUCGCCAUCUUUCCGUUGAUGAGGAAGUAACUGUCCUUGGAACCAGCAACACUCUGUCAGCAGACAGUGUUUUUAGUGAAGAUCACCCAGUCAUUAAGGAAGAAGAUGCUUUAUCAAGAUGGGUUGCUGACCCAGCAAACACUGCUUGGAUGGAAAAUCCCGAUGAAGUGAUUUAUGAUGAUGUGCCCAGGGAAAACUCAGACUCCACCACAGACCCGGAUGAAAUGAUCUACGAUGACGUGGAACGGGGAGAGGAGGGAGGGAGCAGUUCUCUGGACAACGGCUGGAGCUCCAGCGAAUUCGAGAGUUACGAUGAGCAGAGCGACACCGAGGGCAGAACGGAGAAUGGCCUUCCGGACUCCUUCCUCAGAGGAAAAUCCCCCAGGAGCAAAACGCACCUUUCUCAAGAUCUGACUCGCUUGAAAGAACACUAUGAGAAAAAGAUGAAAGAUCUAAUGGCAAACACAGUGGGGACAGUAGAGCUUCAGCAGAUUAAGCAGAAGCACGAACGGAAGGUGCAGAAGUUGAUGAAGGCAGCAAAAGAAGGUACCAAAGAUGGACUAGAGAAAACCAAAGCAGCAGUGAAGAAGGGGCGCUCAUUCAUAAAAAACAAGUCUUUUUAUCAAGAUCGAAGGUUUGGGGAUCUUGAAGAGGAGACCAGUAUGUUUAUUGAAGUGGAGUGUCUCAAUGCGGAGCCUGUGAUGAAUCCAAUGCCAGAGGGACUCACACAACAACAGGUUAUUAGAAGGUACAUACUAGAAUCUAUAUUGGAAAGUGAGAAGAACUACUUGGAUGCUUUGAAGCGCAUUUUAGAGCAAUAUGAAAACCCUCUGUCAGAAAUGGAACCAAAACUCAUAAGCGACAGAAAGCUGAAGAUGAUUUUCUACCGGAUAAGAGAGAUUCUUCAGUGUCAUUCUUUGUUCCAGAUUGCUUUAGCCAGCCGUGUGGCUGAGUGGGACACGUCUGAGAUGAUUGGAGAUGUAUUUGUGGCCUCAUUUUCCAAAUCUAUGGUAUUGGAUGCAUACAGCGAGUAUGUGAAUCAUUUCAGCACAGCCAUGGGAGUUGUGAAGAAAAUGUGUGCGUCAAAGCCUGCUUUCCUUGAAUUUCUCAAACACUGCCAGGAGAGCAGCAGUGAUCGCGUAACUUUGUAUGGGCUGAUGAUGAAGCCGAUUCAGCGUUUCCCACAGUUUAUUCUGCUGCUGCAGGACAUGCUAAAGAACACUCCUAAAGGCCACCCUGACAGGCUGCCUCUGCAGAUGGCUCUGACUGAACUAGAAACACUGGCAGAGAAACUGAAUGAGCGGAAGAGAGAGGCGGACCAGCGCUGUGAAAUUAAACAAAUAGCCAAAGCCAUGAGCGAGCGCUAUCUCAAUAAGCUCCUGAGCAGUGGAAGCAGGUAUCUGAUUCGCUCGGAUGACAUGGUGGAAACUGUUUACAAUGAGAAGGGAGAAGUGAUCAAAACCAAGGAGCGCCGCCUGUUCCUCUUGAACGACGUGUUAAUGUGCGCCACUGCCAACGUGAGAUCACACCCUGAAGGCAGUGGGGCUGUCCCCUCCAGUCAGAAGUUCCUGCUAAAGUGGAGCAUGCCUCUGAGCCACGUGGACGUAGUGGAAUUUGGCUCCAGUGAAGAUAUGGGGGAGAACGUCCGAUUCCCCCCACAGCACUCUGGAGAGAAAGUGGUUCUCAAUGCAAAACCAAGUAAACUCUACAUGGGACCAGGACAGUUGUACCAGGAUUUGCAGAAUUUAAUCCACGAUCUAAAUCUUGUUAACCAAAUCACACACAUGAUUGGAAGUCUGAAAGGACACUAUCAGAAUGUAAACCAAGCCGUUGCUCAGGACUGGAUCUCGGGACUCCAAAGACUGAUCUUUAAAAAGGAAGAAGAGAUCAGAGCAGCAGACCGCUGUAGGAUCCAGUUACAGCUCCCCGGGAAGCAUGACAAGUCUGGAAGGCCUACAUAUUUCACAGCGGUGUUUAAUACAUUUACUCCAUCUAUCAAGCAAUCCUGGAUCAGUAAUUUACAGAUGGCAAAAUUGGCUCUCGAAGAUGAUAACCUGCAGGGUUGGUUCCUUGCAGAGGAUGAUGGGAAUCAGAUCAAAAAGCAGAAGCAUCCUCUUCUACUCAGACAAAUGCCUGUCAUUAUGUCUAAACUCCAGGAGUUCAAGGUGGAAUGUGCUGUUCAUAACCCUGAGCCAUUCUGUGGAGAUGAUAACAUACCAGACGCAUUGUCUAUGGGCCAUGGGUGUCUCUGGAUUGCCAGCUGUACAAAUCAGAUGGGUCAGAUCUCCAUUGUGGCGCUUCAUAACUCCAACCCCAAAGUGACAGAAUGCUUCAAUGUGGAGUCUCGCAUACUGUGCAUGGUGCACAUCUCUCCUGAGAAGACUCAGGAGGAGCUGGAGGGUGGCCCCGAGACCGAGCACAUGACAGGAAAGAGCCCUGACUCACCAACUGUGUGCCUGGGCAUGGAAGAGGGCAGCAUAUCAGUGUAUAAAAGUUGUCAACGGUCAAAGAAAAUUCGCCUUCAGCAUUUCUUCACUCCAGACAGAUCAACGGUAAUGAGUUUGGUCUACAGUUCUCCAUGCCUCUAUGCUGGCCUAGUGAGUGGAGCUGUUGCUAUCUACUCCAGAACAGAAGAUGGUGCCUGGAGCACAGAUUCCCCAGCGGUGGUCAAACUGGGGGUCCUGCCGGUGAAGAGCAUGCUGGCGAUGGAAGACACCAUCUGGGCAUCUUCUGGGGGGCAGGUCUUCAUCAUCGGGAGCCAGACGCAGGCGAUUGAGCGUCAACUGGAGGCACACCAGGAGGAAGGCAUGGUGAUCUCCCAUAUGGCUGUAGCUGGAGUGGGAAUCUGGAUUGCUUUCAGCACAGGUUCCACCCUCAGACUCUUUCACACAGAAACACUGGAGCACCUACAGGACAUCAACAUUGCAACCCCAGUGCACAACAUGCUGUCGGGUCACCAGAGGGUGUCGGUGAGCAGUCUCCUGGUCUGUCAUGGCCUGCUGAUGGUGGGGACAAACCUGGGAGUCCUGGUGGCUCUGCCUGUCCCUCGACUACAAGGCAUUCCCAAAGUCACAGGGCGCGGUAUGGUGUCGUUCCACGCCCACUGCGGGCCUGUGAGAUUCCUCACCAUGGCCGAAGCCAUCACAAGGGCAGCGCAGAGGAGCAGUUCCGUGGGCAGCCUGCCUCGCCCCAUGGAAGGGAAAGACGGAGAAAAGGCGGUGGCUAACCCGCUGGGAUCAUCCUCGUCCCUGGCCAGUGCGCAAGACAAAGGGCUGUGGCUGGGAGACUCCAGCAGGCCCAUCGCUCAGCAGGGCUCGCUCUCCUCCUCCUCGGGGUCCCUCGCGCUCUCCCACGGCUCGCUGGAGCACGGCCCCGAAGACGGCGCUCUCUACGACCUCCUGCACGACCCCAGCUUCGCGCACCGGGGCAAGAAGACCCAGAAGGCUGCGGUUAGCUCGGUGCUCGUCGUGUCCGGAGGGCCGGGCCACAGGAGAGUGAUCAAGAAGACGAAGGCGCCGCGUCAGGAAGAGACCGUCUCCACCAUCAUGGUGUGGCAGAUCCCGCUGCUCAACGUCUGAGGUCCCUCAAACAGCGGCUCCUGGCUGCGAGUGCAGCUUCGUCUCUGCUGCCUCAUCUCACACUCAGGCGCAGCACUAAUCAUCAUAUCUUUACUCCACUGCCUCGUUAGCAUGAUCUAGCCGAACAAUGGAACAGAUAUUUGUGGAGGCCGUGUUGUUCGCGAGGUACUUGAAGUCCGUUUCGCUCGAUGACUCAGAAAUCCACGGAUCCCUGCUAUUUUGAGUCCAUUGUUGCUAAGCCCACAGAUUUUCAGCAUGCAGAGAAAAGCAUCAAAUUGUGUAAUAUUUUUGAACAAUGUUGUGAAAUUGAAGUCCCUUUUAAUAUUUAUUGCUCCUGACGUCUGAAAUAAUAGUGAGCAGUUCUGAGUUCUGGUCAUCCAGGCUUCUAAAGGUAAAAUUUUUGGGGGGAAGGUAAUUUUCUGAAUGGUGUUGCCACUAUGUUUUUAAAGGUGAAUACCUUCAAAUGAAACACCUCGAAUGUAACUUAAAAUUUUGAAUAUUUUUUUUCUGCUUUUCAGAAAAUGUACAGCUGUUUUAACAUCAGCCUUUCUGAAAAACGGUGUCUGCUACACUUUUUAUUUGCUUUUAUUUGUAAUAGGUGCUUUUAUUCGUAAUAGCACCUCAGCUCAUCCCAGCAAUUGUUCUGCAAUAACUCUUUGAAGACCUUGAAUAAGUCUUUAGCUUGAUAAUCUCCUGAGAUGUUUAAGCUUGGACUUCAGGAGGGGUUUUCUUUGUAGCUAGUGUUUUAGCCAGUCUAAAACAUCGACACGCAACAAAUUUCAGCUUUCAAUUCAAAAUUGGAGAAAUAGGUUUGUCUUGAUAGAUACAUUUAUUUUACCAUAUAGGAUGCUGAUUUUUAGCUGGAGUAGUCUAAAAAUACUCAGUUUAAGAAAGGCUGAAUUUAUAUCAGGAUAUGUUUAACAGCAAAUGUAAGUGGAGUUACUUAGUAUGUCACAUGUCACGAAUUACUCAGAAACACUUUUUUUCAUGCAGGUGGCCAUAGUACGUUUUCUGUUAAUUCCCUGUAUUACUCAUGUGAGUGAUGACGCACCCUGGCUGGCCAGGGGGUUUUGUGUGUUUUCUUAAAGUAUACAAUAGUGAGCUUCCUCACCCCAGACACUGCCUAAUGAACAAUUUGCUUGAUAGCCAAACAAUGAUCUUCAUAGAUCUUGCUGAAAUGGUCCUUGGUAAUAACCAAGUGUUUUUCUUUCACUAACCUACAGAAAAACAAUUAUUUUAUUUUUGCAAAAUCUAGCAAUAUAAGGCAACAGUUUCUUCAAUUUAUUUUAUUGUUUGAAUGUCAUCUUAUGUGAUUAUAUUUGACGCUUUGGGACUUUGUUUAACCAAUAACCUCUGGUUUCUUUUAAAGUUGCUGUUCUUCCCUAAAUGUUAUCUAAUAUUUUGUAUAUUGAAAAGAGAACGGAAAACACACAGUUGAAACUAGGUAUAUAAUGUGCUACUGUGACGUACAUAAGAUGAUUCAUUAUCAUGUAAUAAUUUUAAAAUGCACUUUAGAAACAGAACAAUUAAUAGUUGAGAAGGAACUGGUUUCAUAAUGAUACCUGGCAUAAGGUAUCAUUUAAGCAUGUAUAAAGUAAAAAAAAAAUGAAAAGAUGAUUACAGAUGUGAUUGCAUCUGAAAGUCCUAAAAGAUCCAAACUCAAAUUUAGAUGUCACAGAUUUCAAAAUGAAGAUUGUGGAUAUUCUUGUAUUCUGGACACAUGAUUUGUCCCUCUGGCUGUUUUAGGAAUGUCACCCGAAUUUUAGCAUAUUCUAAAAAAGGGAAGUUGCAUUAGCUGAAGCUUUAAUGAAAAUGAAAUACCGAACUUCGUGUGUGCUGGUCUCCUGUUACUGAAAUGAGUAUUGCUUUUUCAUUUAAAAAAACACUUCUACAGUGCGCAUCUUUUUACUCCAGUAACACCCAAUAAACUUACAGUGUCAAUAAAAUAUAUGAGAUCAUAAAUGACUGGCUCUGAUUCAUUUUCUUUCUUCUGACAUAAUUACUUUUGUUUGAAGUACAUUGCAGCCAUGCUUCCAAAUGCUUGUGACAAUAGAAGGAAGUUUUAUUUUCCAAUAAGAACCUCUUUAGUAACGCAACUAAAAAUACCAUUUACAAAGUAAAAUGCCCUGCACACCAGACUGGGAUAGAUUUUCAGAUAACAUUUUGUCAACAUUCUUUUCUUGAUGGGUCAUAAUCCUGUGGCAGUUUUGCUGAUUGAUGGGUUGUCUUCACAAACAGGCUAGUGUUAGUUUCAAUCUGAUGAACACUCAAGGUCAGUGCCAAAAUAUAUAGCCUUGGGAAUUUGGCCCAGUGCCUCAGACUCAGAAAUCAGACCUAUUCUAGCAGUUUGCACAUGCUUUAUAAAGGUGAUAUUCUCCAGCACUGCUUUUCUAGGAUGGUUAAUCAAUGCAUCCUUGUAGUCAUGUUUUAUUAAAUACCAUCAUUUAAGGCUUUCUGCUCUUGUCAUUAAGGAUACCUGUCAAUUUCUGGGAGCACAGGUCAUUUACAAGCCUUUCACUAUUUCACCAAUACACGUCAGCCAUAUUAGCCCACACUCUUAGAAAGGCCAAGGAUGGACGCCCCACCAGUGAGUUUGUUUUCAAAUCAAAGGUGAGGUCAGCAGCUCGGGCUCUGGGAAGAACGCAGUGCCACAGCCACUCAAUACACUUACAAUGGAGGGUUGCAAAAUCCCUGGCUUGUAAAUGUUUUCCCCAAGAAUAUACCUGAGUGAUUGGUAUAAUUAUACAGUUUUGGUUAAAAGAGCAAUAAUUCAGGUACACUUCAUUAAAAAAAUAUUAACAGUUACAAUACAAACACUACACACAACAUAAUCAUACUACACACAAAUUUCCAUAUGUACAUUACAAGUUUACAGACAAUGUAUUUCAGAGACCUACAUCUAGACCACCAGGGAAAACCCCCAGAUGGCUAACAAGUAUUUCACUCUUAAAUAAUUCUGACAGAGGCCAAAAUAAGAGAUACUGUAAGCUGCCUUCUAAACUAAACAAAUGCCACAAAAUAAAUGGGAGCCUGUCUCCCUGUUCCAAAAUGCACCCACUAACCAGAGGUGAGGUUUUCCUCACUCAGGAAAUCAGAGUUCCCUAAAAGGUACAGAAUAGCAAGAUUCAAAUAUUUAACUCCAAUCUGGUCUUGUCUCAAACAAGGACUUCUCGCAUGGCUCACGGUCCAAGUUCUGCCUCUUCCUGUUUCCUCUCUCUUUCGUGGUCUGCUUUUUUUCUGGUCUGUUCCUUCACUUUUAUCUUACACUUUCGAUACUCUUUACCAUUUUCCCAGAACCUGAAUAUCCAAAAGGUUAGCCAGAAGAUUUUUUUUGAUCAGUGUGUCUCACACGCAGCUCAACUAAGAAACUUCUUAUGAAACUGCACAGAAUGGGUAAUACCUAAAUAAACAUCACUUGGCUUGAAUCUCUUGGAAGUGGAAACAUUGACACAAGUUAGGUAUUGCCCAUUCUGUCUAGAUUCUUAAGAGACGCCUCCUCUGUCAUCUACCUCAGCCUGUAACAAUACCAAAAAUAAGACAAUUUUGUCUGUUUUUUUGCACCUUUGAGAACAAUUGGCAAGUUCAGGUUUAUUGUCAUUAUACUCAUAUACAGGUAUAU